GUCUAAUCAGCAGACCAAAAGGGAGACAGAAUGGAGUGCUGAAAAUCAAAGCAGCGUGACAUAGCUGACUGAACACAUCACUGUUGUUGUUUUUUUUCUUAUUUAAUGGGUGUAGGACAUCUAAUGGGAAAGUUCUGAAUAGUUUGGAAUUAUCUGAAAGAUAAAGAAUGAGCUUGUCAGUCCUAAAUUGCAACAGGCACGGGCGUUGCACUGAGAUGGCUAUGGUAUGCCUGACAGAUUUUGAGGAGUAUGCAAAAGAACAUCUCCCAAAGGCUACCUGGGACUAUUACGCAGCUGGUGCUGAUGACUGCUGUACUAGAGAUGACAACCUGUUGGCAUAUAAACGAAUUCGUCUGCGCCCCCGGAUGCUGCGGGAUGUGUCCGUCAGCAACACCCGGACUACAGUCCUCGGCACGGAGAUCAGUUUCCCUGUAGGCAUUGCGCCUACUGCCUUUCAUUGCUUGGCAUGGCAUGAAGGAGAAAUUAGUACUGCAAAAGCCACUGAGGCGGUGAACACUUGUUACAUCACCAGCACCUACUCUACCUGCUCAGUGGAGGAGAUUGUGGAAGCUGCUCCCAACGGCUACCGCUGGUUUCAGCUGUAUGUCUACCGGAACCGCAAGGUCUCGGAGCAGAUUGUCCACCGGGUGGAAGCACUGGGUUACAAGGCUUUGGUACUUACAGUAGAUGUUCCCUACACUGGGAAAAGGAGGAACGACCUACGGAACCAGUUUCGGCUACCACCACAUCUUAAAAUAAAGAAUUUUGAUGGUGUUUUCGAGGAAAACAACGGUCCUGAAGAGUAUGGCAUUCCAGCCAACACUCUGGACCCAUCCAUCAGCUGGAAGGACAUCUACUGGCUGCAGUCCUUGACCCGCCUGCCCAUCGUUAUCAAGGGGAUUCUGACGAAGGAGGACGCCGAGCUGGCUGUGGAGCACGGGGUCCAGGGCAUCAUUGUGUCCAACCAUGGGGGCAGACAGCUGGAUGGAGGGCCUGCUACAAUAGAUGCCCUUGCAGAGAUUGUGGAUACGGUCCAGGGUAGAAUUGAAGUGUAUUUAGAUGGAGGAGUCCGCACAGGAAGUGAUGUGUUGAAGGCAAUUGCAGUUGGAGCAAAGUGCGUCUUUAUUGGGAGGCCUGUGGUUUGGGGUCUUGCUUACAAGGGGGAAGAAGGAGUCCGGGAGAUUUUGCAGAUUCUCAAUGAUGAAUUUUGCCUGUCCAUGGCACUGGCUGGUUGCAGAAAUGUUUCUGAGAUCAACAGAAACCUGAUUCAGUUCUCCAAGCUUUAGUCUAUGUCCUGCUUCUUAAUCUGAGAAUGAAUGGGGAGUAAAGGGAAAGAACAUAAUAAUAAUAAUAAUAAUAAUAAUAAUAAUAAUAAUAAUAAUAAUAAUAAUAAUAUGUAAAAUAGUUGUAAUACAUAUGUUAAAAUGGAAUUGGGGCACCUGGUGAUGCAAAGCAGGCUGUAUCUAUCAAUUUUGGAUAUACAGUAUGGACCCUCAUACAGUUUUAAAGUGCAACAACUUGGUAUAAUCAUAAGAAAAUGUAGUAAAGCAAUGUACACCCCAGAUAAGUAUGGUAAAGCAUGGAAACAGGUGAAAAGCAUGGUAAAUUGUGAAAUUACCAUGGAAUACUUUUAUAAGAACAAUGUUUUCCAUGAUUACAAAUACAAAAGGUGGGAUAUAGCCAGAACUUUUAAUAAGGUUUUGUGUAGGGUGGGUUGAAGGUGUACAAGCAGCAUGUGAGGGCCUGGUUUUACUUUGUCAUAAAGCUAACCAUACAGUAUAUUUUACACAAUGUUCUUUAUAUUAAUACCACAACUAUCUGGGGAUUUGUUAGAAAUGAUCAGUAGCAGAAUAAAGAUUGAGUAUAAUCGCAGAUGUAAUGAGAUGAAUUGCACAAUUUUAAAAAAGUGAUCUAAAAUAAAGUGUUUCAACAUA